AUGCUCUCAUAUCUUUGGGCACUUGCAGCCCUUCCGAAGGCAUGUGUCAAUAGUGCUUCAGACAGAUCAUGCUGGGGAGACUAUGAUAUCUCUACAAAUUACUACGAUGUGGUUCCAGACACUGGUGUGACCAGGGAGUACUGGUUCAACAUCGAGAACACGACCGCCUCGCCUGACGGCAUUGAGCGCAUCGUCCUCGCUGUCAAUGGCUCUGUGCCUGGUCCGACUAUUAUUGCUGAUUGGGGUGAUGAGAUUGUCGUUCACGUAACGAACAGCAUGACCAACAAUGGAAGCUCGAUCCACUGGCACGGUAUCCGCCAGAACUACACCAACUACAUGGACGGUGUUCCUUCAGUUACCCAGUGCCCCAUUGCUCCUGGGGACACCCAGACCUACAAGUGGCGGGCUGUGCAGUACGGAACCAGCUGGUACCACUCGCACUUUGCUGUUCAGGCCUGGGAUGGUAUCUUUGGCGGUAUUCUCAUCAACGGCCCAGCAACGGCUGACUACGAUGUGGAUCUUGGCCACGUCUUCCUGAAUGACUGGUCUCACCAGACUGCCGAAGUGCUUGCUAUCACUGCCGCUACUACCGGACCUCCUACUCUUGACAACUGCCUCAUCAACGGCACCAACACCUGGACGGAGGACGAUGGCACCGUGGUUGGCUCUCGCUUCGAGACUGCCUUUGAAGCUGGCACCAGAUACCGCAUCCGCCUUGUGAACGGUGCUGCCGACACCCACUUCCGCUUCACCAUCGACAACCACACCUUGGAGGUGAUCCAGACCGACUUUGUCCCCAUCCAGCCCUAUAACACCACCAACCUGAGCAUUGGCAUGGGCCAGCGCUACGACGUGAUCGUCACCGCCACUGAGACUACCGGCAACUUCUGGAUGCGCGCCAUUCCUCAGGAGGCCUGCUCUGACAAUGACAACGUCGACAACAUCCUCGGAAUCAUCCGCUACGACAGCUCCUCCACCGACGACCCAACCACCACCGUCUACGAUGACCUCACUGACUCGUGCGCGGACGAAGACAUCACUAGCCUUGUCCCCUACCUGACCGUUGACCUUGGCUCCAUUUCGGAAGAGGAUGACGAGGAGGCUGGUCUGUCCCUCUCAACCACUAUCAAGUGGGCCAUGAACGACAUCUCCUUCGUCUCGGAAUGGGACUACCCCACCGUCAUGGCCAUCGCUGAGGACAACGACACCUGGACCAAUGCCGAGCACGUCUGGUCCCUGCCCACCGCCGACGAAUGGGUGCUGAUGAUCAUCGAGACCGACUUUGCCCAGGCCCACCCCAUCCACCUCCACGGCCACGACUUCUGGGUCCUGGGUACUGGCGAUGGUACCUACGCCAACGACACUCUCCAGACGGUCAACUCCCCUCGUCGUGACGUCGCUAUGCUUCCCGGCGACGGCUGGUUGGCCCUUGCCUGGAAGACUGACAACCCUGGCGCCUGGAUCAUGCACUGUCACAUUGCAUGGCACGCCGACGAGGGUUUCGCCCUCCAGCUGGUCGAGCGGGAGUCUGAGAUCAAUGCCCUGCAGGAUAACGACUACAUCAACAACACCUGUGCCAACUGGGAUGCUUAUGUUGCUAAGGACAAUAUCGUCCAGGAUGAUUCUGGUAUUUAGAGAGAGAGAGAGAGAAGAAGAGAGCCAGACUCAAACGGUAACUAGAGAAAGGGGGGAGUGGACUAUUUGUCGCUCUCCUUUCUUGAAGAGUGUGUUUCUUUGAUGUGGUUCAGUAGUCAGCAGGUUUUCAUGCAGGCUUACUUGGUUGCUUUUGGUGUUUUGGGAUAUUAUAGACAGAACGGGUUAUAUGAGCGAAGGAACAGCGGCCAACCAUUUUAUUUUUUUUGUUUAACCCUCAAGAAUAUCAAGAUUUUCUCAGCUGUCU